CUAAUUUUUUUGACUUGAUCAAAAAUGGCCGGAGUCGGAGGAUUCUUGUACAAUGCUCUAUUUAAGAGAACGUCAACCUUUGCAUUAACCAUCAUCGGCGGCACGUUCUUCUUCGAGCGGUCCUUUGAAAUCUUGUCCGACACACUUUACGAUAACAUCAACCAGGGGAAACUUUGGAAGCAUAUUAAGGACAAGUAUGAGCAGUAGAAACUCUCCAAGAUUUCCAUCUAUACAUGCACACCUAGCUCCUUUGUAUAGUUUUCCUCCAGCCUGCAAAUGAUGGUAAAAUUGUCAAUCGAUUGAUCGAGUUGCUUGCAAGAAGGCCAUGUUAUUUAUGUGUUACAGAAAAAAAAUAAAAAAAACCCUAGUUAAAUAAG